AUCCAGCAACUGGAGAAAUUACUGGACUUAGAGAAAUUUGGAAUAAAGAUGCAGGAGCAACAUCUAAAAACUCAUUUUCAAUGGGCAGAGCUCCUGGUCCUCCAGAAGAAGUGGUUCGAGGUUCUUCCACAAACUAUCCCUUCUGGCCUGGAGGGUUUCCUGAACCAGAUCUUGGGAAAAGUAAGUCUGUCCAAGAAGAAUUCGGUUUAGAUUUUAGUAAUCUAUUAACAAAACACCCCAAGUUGUCUCGUGGAAUGGUUUUUGAGAAGGAAAGUGAACCUGAGGAAGUAAAACCAGUUGAAGAAAAGUAAUAAAGAGUAGUGGUCAAUAUAACAGACAUUCUCAAGUUGGAUGACAAUGAUCUUGAAAUUUUCAAUGAAAAAGAAGAAAAAAUAUUAGGUAAAACACUUACUCUCACUUUGGAAGACUUAAAUGAAGAAGAUGAAUCUAUGGUGACAUCUUUCACAAUAGAUUCAGCACCCCCAAAGAAGGACGAAUUUGUUUUGAAUAUUACUGAUACUCCCAGAGCCUCUCAUUUUGAGAGGAAAGAGAAGAGCACCGAGUGGGCAGAGCAUAUUAAUGUCAAUGAACUAGAUGACUUCAGCUCACAGAUUCCAAAUCCAGCCUGUACAUAUCCCUUUGAACUGGAUACUUUCCAGAAACAAGCGAUUUUACACUUAGAGAAGCGGAAUUGUGUUUUUGUAGCUGCUCACACAUCAGCUGGUAAAACUGUUGUUGCUGAAUACGCUGUUGCAUUAACAUUGAGGAAUAUGACGCGAGCUGUUUAUACGUCUCCCAUUAAGGCCCUUUCAAAUCAGAAAUACAAAGACUUUAAGGUCAAAUAUGAUGAUGUUGGUUUGUUGACAGGAGAUAUUCAGAUUAACCCAAAGGCAUCAUGUCUUAUUAUGACCACUGAAAUUUUGCAGUCAAUGUUGUACAAUGGCAGCGAUCUGAUCAGAGAUUUAGAAUGGGUCAUUUUUGAUGAAGUUCAUUAUAUAAAUAAUGCUGAGAGGGGUCAUGUUUGGGAAGAGGUGCUUAUUAUGCUCCCAGCUACUGUUAAUAUUGUUCUCCUUUCUGCUACAGUGCCAAAUACUAUAGAAUUUGCAGACUGGAUUGGAAGAAUUAAGAAAAGGAAGAUUUACGUAAUCAGCACUACUAAGCGGCCUGUGCCCCUGGAACACUUUUUGUACACUGGUACUGGAGGUAAAACUAAGGAUGAUAGGUUCCUGUUGGUAGAUGCCAAUGGAAAUUUCAUAACAAAAGGUUAUAAUGAUGCUGUAGCUUCUAAAAAAGAGAGAGAGAAGAAAGGACAGCAACCCCAAGGACCAAAGCAAGGACGGCAGUUCAUGGGUGAUAAGCAAGAGAAGAACAUGUGGAUCGGCCUUAUUGACCAUUUGAGCAAGAGGGAAUUACUUCCCGUUGUUGCCUUUACCUUGUCCAAGAAGAGGUGUGAUAGCAAUGCAAGUCAGCUGUUAAGUCAAGAUCUCACCACCCAACGGGAAAAGGGAGAAAUUUAUACUUUUAUCAAGAAAUGCACCGAUAAGCUUCCUAAGUCUGACCGAGAAUUACCACAGGUUAUUUACAUGAAAGAACUUCUUUCCAAAGGAAUUGGGGUCCAUCACAGUGGCAUAUUACCAAUAUUAAAGGAAGUUGUUGAAAUGUUGUUUGCAAAGGGAUUGGUCAAGCUCCUUUUUGCCACAGAAACUUUUGCUAUGGGGGUGAACAUGCCGGCAAGAUCCGUUGUUUUUGACUCCAUUAGGAAGCAUGAUGGGAUGGCCUUCAGAGAUCUUCUGCCAAGCGAAUACAUUCAAAUGGCUGGCCGUGCUGGAAGGAGAGGUCUAGACACCACAGGCACCGUUGUAAUACUUUGUAAAGUCGAAGUACCUGAAAUGUCGGAUCUGCAUCGUAUGAUGCUUGGUAGGCCUACAAAGCUGGAGUCACAGUUUAAGCUUACUUAUUCUAUGAUUCUGAACAUUCUGCGUGUGGAAAGUUUAAGCGUUCAAGACAUGCUGAAGAGAUCAUUCUCAGAAGCCACCAUGAUGAGGAACCAGAGUAAAUAUGAAAGUGAGCUCAAAGACUUUGAAGAUAAAUUGGGUAAAGAACCAGAUUUUGAAUGCAUGAUGUGUCAAGAUAUAGAAAAAUAUUAUAUUGCAUCUAAAGAUUUUACUGAACAGCGUAAAAUUGUUUAUAAGCUUAUCAUGGGCUUCCCUGGAGCUGUUAAAGUGCUUUCCCCAGGCAGAAUUAUUAUUAUUUCACAUGAGCAGUAUCAAUUUUAUUUAGCUUGUUUAUUAAAGGUAGACCCUAAGGACAAAACUAAAUUAACUGUGUUUAUUCUCAAAGACUCUAGACCUAAUGAAAAGUUGUCACCUGAUGAAAUCAAAGUGAAGGAGUGCCUUAUAGCAAGUCAGGAGAAGAUUGAGGUUUUGGAAGAAACUUCUGAACAUAACUUUUUGGAGAUAAGUUCACAGGAUGUUGUUGCCAUUACCAACAAGCAUAUUAAGAUAGAUGGUGACAAGGUAAUUGAUAACAUUAAGAAGCGCCAGAUUCCUCGCUUUAAAUCUGACCCGCCAUCUCAGUCUGUCAUGGAUGUUAUUAAGGAGAUGCAACGAUUGAAUGAGUCUGGCGGUGAGAACCUGAGUUACCUCAACUUGAUAAGUGAUCUUGGUAUUAGGGAGAUAGGUGCUGUUUCAGAAAUUCAUCGUAUGGAAAUUCAUAGGUCUAGAGUUGUUGAGUUGACUUGCCUUGAAUGUACUCAGUUUAGGGAACAUUUUGGUAUGACGUACACAAAGUUACACUUGAGGGAGGAGAUAGGUCGCCUAAAGUUCCUUAUGUCUGAAGAAGCAUUGCAGUUACAUCCUGAAUAUCAGAUGAAGAUUGAAGUGCUCAAAUCACUUGGCUAUAUCCAAGAUAAUCUUGCCCUUACCCUCAAGGGUCGUGUUGCAUGCGAAAUGGGAAACCAUGAACUAACAAUCACUGAACUGGUUGUGGAUAAUCUUGUGACUGACAAGCCUUGUGAUCUGAUAGCUGCAUUACUUUCUUGUAUGGUCUUCCAACAAAAGAACUGCAGUGAUCCUACCCUAACACCUGAAUUGAAAAAGGGAAUGCAGGAGUUUAAGAAUGUUGCAAAACGUAUUGGAGAAACUCAGAAGGAGUGUGGCCUGAAAGAAACUGUUGGGGAUUAUAUUGAUCAAUAUAAUUUUGGAUUAAUUGAAGCUGUGUAUAGAUGGGCACAAGGGGUAUCUUUUAAGGACAUAAUGGAGUUGACAGAUGUCCAAGAAGGAAUUGUGGUGAAAUGUAUCCAGCGAUUAGAUGAAGUACUGAAGGAUGUCAGGAAUGCUGGUAGAAUAACAGGUGAUGUCCGGCUGCAGGAAAAGAUGAUGGAAGCCUCUACUGCUAUAAAAAGGGACAUUGUUUUCACUCCUAGUUUAUAUACACAGUAAAUUCAAGUUAAGAUGAUACCUUCACCAGUGUUGUCAGAAAAUUACAUGUACGUACUGAAAUUGUGGAAUGACAACUUGUGAGGCUGAACAGGGUUGAUCAGAAAUAUGUCAAUUUGCUUAUGUAAUAGUCGUUCAGCAAGGUUUAUGUGCUAUAUUUGAAAAUGUUAAUUGAUGUUACUGAAGCAAGACAAUAUCCUGUGUAGGAGUUUACCAAGAAAAUCUGGAUACAUUACCCCAGUAUUGUGAUACUACUCUUGUGACAUCUUUUUUCAUUGUAUGCUCAUUGUGGGAAAUUUUGUAUGCAAUUUCCCCACAUGUACACUAUGAAUAAAUUUAAAUCUGUUCAAAUUGUAUUCUGUUGGUGGGUAACAUUUAUUUGUGGAUGGUCAAAUACUUAUGAGCAACGUUGGAGCAGCGUUGGAGGGUUGUUACCCUUUUUGCCUUUAUCUGGAUAUGCACAAAACUUUAUAUGCCAAUUAGAUUGCACAAAUUAAUUAUAUAUGAGGCCAAUUGAAUGAUUUUGAGUUUUCAGAAAAUAUAAGUUUUGUUCUUGGCAGUAUAUUGAAAUUGUAUUUUAUUGUAAUUGUGAAGCCAAAUGUGUGCCUUGGAUGUGCAUAUAAUUACAUCAAAAGUGCACAUAACUUGACAUUGGAUUUCUUGCUGCAUAUAUUUAGAACAAAAGUGUACAUGUCUUGACAGACUGUAUUUUUUGCUUGCUGUAGCAAGUUUUGUAGUCUGAAAGAGAUUUAAAUUGUACUCCUUGUAAUGCUAAGCUUAAUUUAGUAGCUGUUGAUGUAACAACAAUUUGGAUAUUCAAUAAUAUCAUAAAAAGUUAAAUUUGGAUGGAGUACAGUAAAGUACUAUUCAAUUUGUAUGAAAUAUAUUUUAUAUAUACAUUACUCUUGUAUAUCCACCUUAGCCAAUGUGUAAUAAACAAUUCUGUGAUGGUA